AUGAACAAUUUCUCUGAAGUGACGUCUUUUCAUCUGACUGAAUACUAUGGGAUGGAGGACCUGAAACCAGUGUACUUCUGCAUGUUCCUGAUCAUAUAUAUAACAAUUGUGGCUGAAAAUGUUGCGUUGAUCGGAGUGGUGUAUCAUGAAAAAACCCUGCACGAGCCAAUGUAUUUGUUGCUGUGUAACCUGGCUGUGAACGGUCUGUAUGGAAGCACCGCCUUACUGCCAGCAGUACUGAGCAAGAUGCUGUCUCACUCCUAUGAGAUAUCUCUGCCAUUGUGUCAGACACAGAUCUAUGCUAUACACACAUUUGCCAUCAUCGAAUUCACGAUUCUAGCGGUGAUGAGUUAUGACAGAUAUGUGGCCAUUUGUUAUCCACUGCCGUAUCAUGCAAUCAUGUCACAGAGACUUGUCAAACUCAUUGUUUUCAUGUGGCUUUACCCCAUUGUUGCAUUUUUAAUCGUUUUUAUUUUCACUCUUCGGCUGAGGUUUUGUGAGAGAACCAUAGAAAAGGUGUACUGUGUUAAUUACCUACUGGUGAAACUUGCUUGUACAGAUACAUCUAUUGUUAACAUAAUUGGUCUACUCUCUGUAGGUUUGUAUACAUUUCCACAGCUUAUUAUGGUCUUUUAUUCAUAUGCACACAUCCUAAGGAUAUGUGUAUUGUCAUUCAGCAAAUCCAGGCUCAAAGCCCUCCGGACCUGUACCCCCCACCUAUUAGCAAUAAUUAACUAUUCUAUCGGGUGCUUUUUUGAAAUAGCACAAAGUCGAUUCAACGUUAGUCACCUGCCUUACGAAACCAAGUUGUUUUUGUCUCUGUACUUUUUGAUAUUCCCACCCAUUCUCAAUCCAGUAAUCUAUGGUUUGAGUAUCCAAGUCAUAAGAGCACAAAUGUUUAGGCUUUUCAGCAGAAAAAAAAGGCAAGUACAAAUGAUGUAG